CGGCCGAGCGUCUGAGCCGCCCGGGUCCAGAGCGCAGGCGGCGAGGCCACCGCACCUGCAGCGCGCUCGGGCUGCCGAACCGGCACCUCGCCUCCCGCCGCCGGAUCUCCUUCUACCCCCACGCCGGGUCUCCCAUGACGCCCGAGUCCCCCGGCCGGCUACAAUGACCACUUCCCUGCAAGAUGGGCAGAGCGCCGCGGGUCGGGCGGCUGCCCGGGACUCGCCGCUGGCCGCCCAGGUGUGCGGCGCUGCCCAGGGGAGGGGCGACGCCCGCGACCUGGCGCCGGGCCCCUGGCUGCACGCGCGGGCGCUCCUGCCCCCUCCGGACGCGACCCGCGGCUGUGCGGCAGACAGGAGAAAAAAGAAAGAUCUUGAUGUUCUGGAAAUGCCAUCUAUUCCAAACCCUUUUCCUGAGCUAUGCUGCUCUCCAUUUACAUCUGUGUUGUCAGCAGGCCUGUUUCCCAAAGCAAAUUCAAGGAAAAAACAGGUAAUUAAAGUAUACAGUGAAGAUGAAACCAGCAGAGCUUUAGAGGUACCCAGUGACAUAACUGCCCGAGAUGUUUGCCAGCUGUUGAUCCUGAAGAAUCAUUACAUUGAUGACCACAGCUGGACCCUUUUUGAGCACCUGCCUCAUGUAGGUCUAGAAAGAACAAUAGAAGACCACGAGCUGGUGAUUGAAGUGCUAUCUAACUGGGGAAUGGAAGAAGAAAAUAAGCUAUACUUUAGAAAAAAUUAUGCCAAAUAUGAAUUCUUUAAAAACCCAAUGUAUUUUUUUCCAGAGCAUAUGGUGUCUUUUGCAACUGAAACCAAUGGUGAAAUAUCCCCCACACAGAUUUUGCAGAUGUUUCUAAGUUCAAGCACAUAUCCUGAAAUCCAUGGCUUCUUACAUGCAAAAGAACAGGGAAAGAAGUCCUGGAAAAAGAUUUAUUUCCUUUUAAGAAGAUCCGGUUUAUAUUUUUCUACUAAAGGGACAUCAAAGGAACCACGGCAUUUGCAGUUUUUCAGCGAAUUUGGCAAUAGUGAUAUUUAUGUGUCACUGGCAGGCAAAAAAAAACACGGAGCACCGACUAACUAUGGAUUCUGCUUUAAGCCUAACAAAGCGGGAGGGCCCCGAGACCUGAAAAUGCUCUGUGCAGAAGAAGAGCAGAGUAGGACGUGCUGGGUGACCGCCAUUAGAUUGCUUAAGAUAAUCCAGCUCUGUGCCUUCAAGAGCUUUGGGGAGGCAUAUGAAUGCUCUGCCAUGGUCUUUGAGGUUCUUUCUAGCCGCUGGCAAUCCCUUUGCAAGUAUGGCAUGCAGCUGUACCAGAAUUAUAUGCAUCCGUAUCAAGGCAGAAGUGGCUACAGUUCUCAGAGUAUAUCUCCCAUGAGAAGUAUAUCAGAGAAUUCCCUGGUAGCAAUGGACUUCUCAGGCCAGAAAACAAGAGUUAUAGAAAAUCCCACUGAAGCCCUUUCUGUUGCAGUUGAAGAAGGACUAGCUUGGAGGAAAAAAGGAUGUUUGCGCCUGGGCAGUCACGGUAGCCCCACUGCAUCCUCACAGAGCUCUGCCACAAGCAUGGCUAUCCACCGGUCCCAACCAUGGUUUCACCACAAAAUUUCUAGAGAGGAAGCUCAGCGAUUGAUUAUUCAGCAAGGUCUAGUGGAUGGAGUUUUCUUGGUACGGGAUAGUCAGAGUAACCCCAAAACUUUUGUACUGUCAAUGAGUCAUGGACAAAAAAUAAAGCACUUUCAAAUUAUACCAGUGGAAGAUGAUGGUGAGAUGUUCCACACCCUAGAUGAUGGACAUACAAGAUUUACGGAUCUAAUCCAGUUGGUGGAGUUCUAUCAACUCAAUAAGGGCGUUCUUCCUUGCAAGCUGAAACAUUAUUGUGCUAGGAUUGCACUUUAGCCAAACCAGAAGUGACUUGUUAAACUGUUGAGGAAAAAGAACUCAAGAAAAAGACCAUAAAUAAGGGUGAAGGCAUUGCCAUGGUGAAAAUAAUCUAUUUCACCUGCAAUUACAAAAAAUAGUUUGUACGUGACAAAUAAUUCAAGAUUUGGAUUGACAUUACCUUCAUCAUUUAAAAAUUCAUUAGUUAAAAUUAAACCUCAGAAAAAAAUGAUUUGGUGUGUUCUUGUGUGAUUUUAUAUUAUUAUAAUAUUUUCUUCAAAUAUGCAUAAUUUAGACAUCUUUCUGUCCUUAUUUACUAUAGCAGCAUUAGAAUUCUCAACCACAAAAUGUGAAAAAAAAAUUGAGGCUCAGAAUGAAUUAUUUGUGGACUGAAUUUCAAUUAUACUACUGUUUUUAUAACUUAAGAAGUAUGAUAAAAAUUGGAGUUAUCAAUUAAAAGAAGCUACUUGAAACCUGUUAAUAAACUAAAAACUAUUUUGAAUUGU